UCUCUCUCUCCUUUUUUCUCCAACAGUGUGUAUUCCAUUCCCAUCUCCAGGUCAGAUUCUUUCUUCAACUGCAGUUCCAACUCCCAUUCCAUCUCCAGCAGUCCCAGUGUUGUCCAUGUCUCUACCCAGGCUGCUGUGUAGUCUACUGGUGGGGUCUCCCUACCUGCUGGUGACCAUCAUACUGCUGGUGAAAGGCUGCAGGAGCAGGACUCAAGGUCAGGUUCAGGUUGUUGCUCCAAUGUCCAGGGUUCAUGCCGUAGCGGGUGGUGAUGUCAUCCUUCCUUGUUUCCUGAACCCCACUAUGAAUGCUGCGAACCACACAGUGGAGUGGCUCAGACCAGACUUGAAGCCAAAAGAGGCACAUUGUUACCGCGACCAUCGUGACUCUGAAGAGGACCAAAAUCCAUCCUACAAGAGAAGGACGUCUCUGUUUCAUGAAGAACUGAAGAACGGCAACGUCUCAUUGAAACUAACAGGAGUUACUCUCUCUGAUGCUGGAAGCUACACCUGCUUCAUUCCAACAGUGAGCAGGACUCAGAGACCUGUCGUUCAACUCCUGGUCGAUGACAAAAAAUAUUCAUCUCCCCCAAGACAACCAUCACAAUCAAGCCCUGGAUCUCAGCCAGUCCUCUCUAUUGAAGGAACUAAUGGUAGUGGGCUGGUCCUGAGGUGUGAGUCCGAAGGCUGGUACCCUGAACCUGAGCUGGAGUGGCUGGACAACAAUGGAACCAUCCUCCCUGCUGCUGGACCUACAGAGACCGAGACUGACACUGAGGGUUUCUUCACUGUGAGACGAAAUGUCACCAUACAGCAGACUGACAACAACUGGUUCACCUGUAGAGUUCAACAGCAGAACACCUUCAGAACGAAGCAGAUUCGCAUUCCUGAUGACAUCUUUCCCAAGCCGUGCCAGUUCUACUGGACAGUUGGGCUUUGUCUGGCAGUGGCUGCAGUGGCCGCGGCAAUGGGAUAUGUGGUCGGAAAUCGACUUGCGAAACGUCAAUGCGUGACAGGUGAUCUAGAUUUUCAAGAUCUAUCAGUGCCAUUGAACGGGAACCCCUCAAAAGAGCUCAAUUGAAUGAGAUGAGACUCGAGGCAGGAGAGACACUGAUGCCAGCAGCCCUCCUGUUUCCGUCCCACUUCGCCACCUUUUCCCGGUCGGACUUGAGAUUCGAACCGGUGACCCGUCGAAGCACAGAUCUGGGGGAGAAGGAAAACCAGGUUCUCUGCUCUGAUGAAACCAAGAUUGAACUCUUUGGCCUG